CUUUCACUCUGGUUUCCGGCUCUGUGCGCCGGCGUUCCUGGAGACGCUCUGCACGUGGAGAGGCGCGGGGAUCCCGCGACCUCACCCCGCACCAUUCGCAUGUUUGAGGAGCCAGAGUGGGCCGAGGAGGCCCCAUUAGCCGCGGGCCUCGGGCCUGUAGCCUCACGGUCUCGGCCCGCGACAGCCUCGCAAAUCAAGGGCUCCAAGCGCAGCAGGCUCCUGGCCACACUACGGACCCUGGAGGCAGCAUCUCUUUCCCAACAACUCCCCAGCCUCCCUGGCAGUGACUCUGAGGAGGAGGAGGUGGUGAAAAGGAAGAAGAAACGCCCGAAAAAGGCCUCGUUUGCCAGUGCUUCUAUUGAAGUAGAGGAGAAAAGGAAGAAGCGUCAAAAACAGGGCCUAUCUGGCAGUGACUCUAAGGGAAAGGAAGUAGAAAAGAAGAAGUGCCGUAAAGGGGUUCUUGGCAGUGACUCUGCUGCAGAAGAGAAAAGAAAGGGGAAAUGCCAAAAACUGGCCCCUUCACACCCUACCCAGCCCCUGAACAGUGCUGACCAAACAGGUCCCAAAACUUGCAAGAGUAGUGCUACCCAAGAUGACCCACCCAAGCCCAGCCCUGUGACCACUUCCCCCCAAACCUCCCAUACCUUGAGUCGCAAGCAGUGGCGGAACCGGCAGAAAAACAAGCGUAGACAUAAGAACAAGUUUCGGCCACCUCAGUCACCAGACCGAUCUCUAACCACAGCCCCCACAGAGGAGACAGAGGAGACAGAGGGGCCUCCUGCCCCCACUCAAGACAGCCUUGAGGCUCGGGCAGGAGCUCUGCGAGCCCGUAUGGCACAACGGCUGGAUGGUGCUCGAUUUCGCUACCUCAAUGAACAGCUAUACUCAGGGCCCAGCAGUGCUGCACAACGCCUCUUCCAGGAAGAUCCUGAGGCCUUUCUCCUUUACCACCGUGGCUUCCAGAGCCAAGUCAAGAAGUGGCCACUGCAGCCGGUGGACCGCAUCGCCAGAGACCUUCGCCAGCGGCCUGCAUCCCUAGUGGUAGCUGACUUUGGCUGUGGGGACUGCCGCCUGGCUUCAAGUAUCCGGAACCCUGUACACUGCUUUGACUUGGCCUCUCUGGACCCCAGGGUCACUGUUUGUGACAUGGCCCAGGUGCCUCUGGAGGAUGCAUCUGUAGAUGUGGCUGUGUUCUGCCUUUCGCUAAUGGGAACCAACAUCAGGGACUUUCUAGAGGAGGCAAAUCGAGUGCUGAAGCCAGGGGGCCUCCUGAAAGUGGCGGAAGUUAGCAGCCGCUUUGAAGAUGUUCGGACCUUUCUGGGAGCUGUGACCAAACUGGGCUUCAAGAUCAUCUUCAAGGACCUGACCAACAGCCACUUCUUCUUGUUUGAUUUUGAAAAGACUGGGCCCCCUCGGGUAGGACCCAAGGCUCAACUCUCAGGCCUGAAGCUUCAGCCAUGUCUCUAUAAGCGCAGGUGACCUCUGGACCCACCCUGGAAAGGGGAAGCAAGUCUCAAACUCCAUGCUCAGAACUCUGAAGACCAUAACCAUCCAGGUUGUGACCCAGGACUGGGUACCACCCUUCUUCUGUCUCAAGAACAAAGUGUGAUGAAGCCCCUGCCUCGGCCCUGCUCUACUGAAGGAUUCUUGGUUGCAAGAAGCAUAAAAUCACUUGAGCUGGCUAAAGAAAAAGGAGUUUAUUGUGAGAAUACAGGGAUACCUGGGAAUUAUGGAUCUCCUAGGUGUCAUGGAAACUAGAUGGUUUGGAAUUCAAGGCAUCUCUGGGUUUGACUCCUUUUUCCUUCUCUCAGGAGCCACAUGGGCUUUCUGUCCUGGUGUCUCCAUUCUCCUCUCUUCUGAUCUUCUGUCUGCAUACCAGCUUCCUCAGCUUACGGAUCGCUGCUGCUCCUUCAGCUUUGAUCUGCUCAGGCCUUCAAGGCCUCAGACAGGCAGGCAUUGCUUCUUGGCUCUGGGACAACUGGUAGCCCACCAACAUCUUGACUCAACACAUCAAGCUGGGCUUCUGGGUCAAGACUGUUUGCUUUUCUGUGUACUAACCACCUCUUUCCCCUCUAUUCUCAUCUCCAUCCUUGGAGCUGCAUGGCCCAAACAACUCCCAGCAUCUUUUGUUGUCCCGUGGGGCCCUGGUGUGUGUCUGGCUGAGAGCACAGCUUUUAGAACCAGGUGGGCCUGGUUCAAAUCCUGGCCUGCCACUUAUUGCUGAGAGUCAUUUAAUUUUUGAAUGUUACAUUCCUUGUUUGGAAAAUGGGAGAAUUUCUAUCUCACGGGAUUGUUGUAUGGGCCAACUGAGGAAAUCUGUAGCCAGGGCCGGGUACCAAGGAGGUGCUCAAUAAACUAGCUGUGGCUAUUA